UAUAAAUGUAUUAGUUUCAAUUGGAUAAUAUUAUAACGCUUAAUAAUGAACACAUUUUUGUUUUUCUUCAACUUCUUUCUUCAACUUCUUUUUUUUAAAAAAAACUUCUUUUUUCAACUUCUUUUGUUUAAUUUUCAUAAAAUAAAAUUUCCAAAUGACAGACAAUGCACCUAUUAAAGCGCCAUUUGGUGUAGUAGAUAUGGGCUCCAAUGGUAUUCGAUUUGGCAUUGUUAGUGCACUUGCACGCCAUUUACCGGUUGCUUAUGAAGAAAGAGCACCUAUUGCUCUCCUCGAUGCUCAAGGAGAUGAUUGUGUCAUUCCAGACGAUGUCAUAGAUCAAGUCAUUACAAGUUUUCUAAGAUUUAAAAAGCUAUGUCAAGACGCUAAAGUAGAACCAAAUGAUAUUCGUGUCAUAGCUACCGAGGCAACACGUAUUGCUGCUAAUAGUAAAGAAUUUCUCCACAAAAUUUAUCAAGCAACUGGCUGGAGAGUAUCACUUUUAUCAAAGCAGGAAGAAGCUUUGAUUUCUGCUUCUGGUAUUGUAGGUUCCUUUAAUCACGUGAAUGGCUUGACUAUGGACCUUGGUGGUGGAUCAGUUGAAAUUAGUUAUGUAAUGACCUCGGCAUAUUUAGAUAGUAAUAAUAAUGAUGAUGAUAGCAACUCAUUGAUAAAAGAUAGUAUCCGUGUAUCUACACAUCCAGUAUCAUUACCUUAUGGUGCUGCAGCUUUAAAGAGAAGACUAGCAAAAUGUGAAUCAAAAGAUGAAAUGAAUGAUCUUUAUAAUGAAUUAGUCGCUAAACUAAAGAAGGCUCAUGAUGAAGCUAAGCUACCGAAAACAUUAUUGCACAAAGAUGGAUAUAAAGUAUACAUGAGUGGUGGUGGAUUUAGAGCAAUAGGCUAUCUUUCAAUGGCAAUAAAUGCUCAAGAUAAAAUUAUUCCAAGAAGAAGUACAAAACGUAAGCAUAUGUAUCCUAUUCCAAUCAUUAAUGGCUAUUCGAUUACUGGAAGAGAAUUAAAAGAUCUUGUAAAACAUUAUCGUUAUCGAAAUCCUCGUGAAUUGAUGAAAAAGUUAAAAGUAUUUCGUAUAUCAAAAAGACGUGCUGGUAUGAUUCCUGCAUCUUGCUUCUUAUUAAGUGCAAUCUUAGAAGUGUUCAAGGUAAAACGGGUUUACUUUAGUGAAGGCGGUGUUAGACAAGGAUUUUGUUAUCAAUUGUUACCUCUUGAAGAAAAAAUAAAGGAUCCAUUCUUAGAAGGUGUUAAGGCAUAUGCUGCGCAGUCAGCGUUUGCAUUGUCACAAGCGGAAUUUGAUGCUAUUUAUGCCAUUCUUGUAAACGCCUUACCUGAGCUUUACUUGGAUCCAAUGCAUCCUUUACAGCUAUAUCGCUUACUUCCUGCUGCUAUUCAUCUUUCCAACAUUACUUCACAUUAUCCAAAGGAGACGCGUGCCUUUGUUGCAUUUCAUAUGCCAUUAGCAGGCGGCCCUUUAGCUAAUGUGCCCGGUUUAAGUCAUCGUGAGCGUGCUAUUCUAUCCAUUCUAUUGGCUUUUCGUCAGGGAGGAUCUGUUCCCGACCCUAUCUUUUAUGCAGUUCAAGCUUUCAUUGGUCGUAAGGGAAUUUCGGUUUGUAAAUAUGUUGGAAGAUUAAUGGAAUUAGUAUUUGCUGUAUCACCAUUACAUCCUGGCAUUGGUCUAAUUGAUAGCGGACUUUCCUUUACUACGAUUAUUCACAAUCAUAAUUGUACAACGGAUAGCGAAGAUGAAAAUAGUAAUAACAGUAGCAGUAGUAGUAGUAGUAGUGACUGCAGCAGUAGUGACUCAGAUUCUGUAUAUGAAGAUAAUGAUAGCGAAUUUGAAGAUAAUGAUGCUACUAAUUAUCCUUCCAUGCAAUUACGUAUCACAUUACCCGAGCGAUUUUCUCCUUUAGUAGAUGCUCCAGCUGUGAUGUCUGUCAUUGAAAGUUUAGAUAAGAAAGUGAACACAAAGAAAUUUGACAUGGACGAAGAACGUAGACCCCUAAAAUGCCCAAACUUAUUUUCUGUUGAAGUAAUUAGAAAAUAAUAAAGCGAUAUCUCUAUUGUAUAUUUGUUGUAUAUUGGCUUGUUAAUACAUUACGUAUCAAUAUAUAAGUUGAGUUUGUUACCAUAAGUUGCUGAAAAGAAGUUUAGGAGAGUUUGCUCUAUUGACUCAUUCCUGGAUAUAAAUACAUACCAGUAAUAAUAUAUAGAGAAUGAUACAUCAUCAUACGAGUAACUUCAAGGCUGCCCUAUAAAAUUUGUACUUGACAGUAUGUCUAUGUAUACCGAGUAUAGUUUGAUUACUAGAUACAGUGUAGUUUUGAAUAAAAUGUUUAUUAUUAUAAUCAUUUAUAUCCAUUGUAAA